UGCUCCACAAUUCCCAACCAAUGGCCCUAUUGUAGUGAAUGAAGGGGACAAUGCAUCCUUGCGAUGCAUUGUCGAAAACAAUUCCACGAUGAAGAUACAUUUGUGGGACAGCACGGGUCGUUUGGUGGCAGAGGAAGAUGGAUCAUCGUCCUUGGAGCAUGUUCUGACUAAUGUCCAGCGUAACAAUACUGGAGAUUUUGUGUGCGGUACAAGUGGUGGCAAUGCCACUCAAGGACUACGUGUGCAAUAUAAGCCAGAAAUUGCUGUAUCUACCCGUAUUGGAAUCCUUUCACAUGACUCUUACUGGCUGGAUUGUAUCGGAGAUGGUGUUCCACAACCACGCAUUCAUUGGACUACUCCCUGUCAAGAAAACAUAUCCUCCUGGCACUUUCACCUGACCCGUACUAUGUUUGAACGCGAUGGCUCAGCAUGCGGACCCUCCCCUGUCCCUUCAGCUCAGAGUUGGGCCCAAAAUAAACUGCAAUACACUUGCCAUGCGACCAACUUCCUCGGUACUAGUAGCCUCGCUACUACCAUCAGCUUUGCACCUCGCCCAAAAGGACCAGUGUUCAACCCCGUGGACAGCAAGCAGAUCAGACUCGACUCUAUCACCCUUAGCUGGUCCAUGGAUAACAGCUCAAACAUCACUUUCGUACAGUACCAUGUAGAGUACAGGCCGUACAAUGGUGACACCUGGAAGGUCAACAGAGUUCCCCACUCCCCUGCUGAAGUCCAAACCGCUACAGUUACCGGCCUGAUGCCACAGACUGAAUACUACUUCCGCGUGCGGAUAGUAACUACAUCUACAUACUCUGAAUAUAGCAAUGAAACUUCUGCGUCUACUCAUGAUCGUCUCGAUGCACCCAGGAUUCAUCCAGUGAAAAACGUUUCGGUAGAAGCGACCAUGACGGUUAUCAGUUGGGCAAGAGCUACUUACCAGAAUAUCACAGUCUUGUCGUACCAAGUACAGGCAAGACCCGGUGGUGCUGGCACCUGGGAGAACGUUUCGUUCACAAACUCCUCUUUUGUCUUGGGACCCGAGGAUAUAAACGUCAUCGUCACUGGCUUAACUCCAGGAACUAACUACCGCACCCGUGUUCGAGCGCUGACUUCGAUUGGCUUCAGUGAAUUUAGUGAGGAGGUCGCUUUCGGGACACUGGCGAAAAAUUCGACACAACGAGAUCCCAUUGAGAUUUUGUCUGUCAAGUCAACUUGGAUCGAGCUUCGUUGGCAGUUAUCAGUCUCCAUGUUCAGGCAACACCAUGGUGCAUUGCGAUAUGUUCUGCUGUCCUACCAACAACCAGACCAGUCAGGCACCUCACUACAGAAGAAUGUCUCUGUGAAUGCUGGCGACAUUAAGGGAGAUUUCAUUAUCUCGGAGCUGAAGAAGAGCUCCAAAUACUUGUUCAAUGCCACCUUUGGUGAUGGGCAUUCCACGGGUAGCAGCUUUGAGUUUGUGAGACCAGCUUUAUGUGAAGUGCCUGGUCGUGCUCAGAAUUUCACAGCUGUCGUGGCUGGCAUGAGGAGGAGAAUCAGAAUUAGCUGGACUGGUCUUGAUGAUGGCGGUUGUAAUCUGACCGGGAUUGUGCUGCGUUACAAGGACGUUAUGAACCUUCCCUGGACAGUUUAUCCGACACCGCUUCCACUUUUCACCAAUUACACGAUUCUGCUGGAUGACGUUUUUAAAUUUGACACAGCCUAUCUUUUUCAACUUACUGCCGACAACGAUGUGGGCACGGGCAGCACUACUCACCCAUAUAGGGUCAUUACAGAUGGUCUCGAUGCACCCGGGAUUCAUCCAGUGAAAAACAUUUCGGUAGAAGCGACCAUGGUGGUUAUCAGUUGGGAAAGAGCUAUGUACCAGAACAUCGCGGUCUUGUCGUACCAAGUACAGGCAAUACCUGAUGGUACUGGCACCUGGGAGAACGUUUCGUUCACAACCUCCUCUUUUGUCUUGGAACCCGAGGAUAUAAACGUCAUCGUCACUGGCUUAGCUCCAGGAACUACCUACCGCACCCGUGUUCGAGCGCUGACUCCAAUGGGCUUCAGUAGAUUUAGUGAGGAGGUUGCUGUCCGGACACGGCAUUUUAAUUCUCCACGAAGGGACUCCAUUAAGAUAGUGUCGUUUGACUCAAAUUCGAUCAAGAUCCGUUGGCAGUUAUCAGUCUCCAUGUUCGAACUCCACCGUGGUGCACUGCGAUAUGUUCUGGUGUCCUACCAACAAGCGGACCAGCCGGGCACCUCACUGCAGAAGAAUGUCUCCGUGAGUGAUGGUGACAUUAAGGGAAAGUUCGUAAUCUCUGGGCUGAAGCAUGCCUCCAAAUACUUGUUGCGAAUCAUGUUGAGCAAUGGAUCUUCCACUAGUGGUAUGGUUCGUCUUUCGCAAACAACCCAAUGCCAAAAACCUGGUCAUGCCAAGACUUUCACAGCGAUUAUGAUUACCAACACUUCUGCCCGUGUUGACUGGACUGAUAUUGACGAUGGCGGUUGCAACCUUACUAAAGUCACUUUGCGGUACAAUAUGAUGAGUAAACCGCAGACUUGGAUGAAGAUUGGUAUGAAUAUUCCACCUGUCAGAAGUCAUCAUCAGGUGCUAUAUCCUUUGUUGGGGGGCGGCAAAGCCUAUGCUUUUCGACUCGUUGCCCACAACGUGGAAGGCAAAGGCGUAGCCACUGACUCAAAUGAAGUUGCACUGGGGCCUUCCAUGCUCACUGUGUCUACACUCGAGCAUGACAAGAUUCGCUUGACGUUUGCAAAUCUGGACGAUGACAUCAUCAGGCGAAUCACCAGUCUUCCAAAGGUGGCACUGGAGUAUAGUGAGGUAGAGAAUGGCAGCCAGGUCGGAACUUGGCUAUUUGUUAACAAUCACGCGCCGGUCGUAAAUCACACGUUGGUGGCCGCAGGCUUCAAGGCUAACACCACGUAUCAGUUUCGAAUUAUCAUCUUCACCAAUAGCACCGGUACAAAAUCAAGCAGCCUUACUUUCCUGUCGAAUACCGUCACAACACCCACCACCCCUUUAUUUUUUGAAGCAACUGCACUCAACCAUGAGAAGGUUCUCCUGAAUUUGUCAAAUCUCAAUGCCAACAUUACUGCCAACCUUCUGGAAACUCAGAAGGUUGUGGUGGAGUACAGGGAGGAGACUAGUAUCUACAGCGUGAAUUGGAUUCUCGUCGAUGAUCUUUCCAUGGUUGGUAAUCACACCAUGGUGCUCUCUGGAUUUCGGCCUGAUACUAACUACACAUUUCGACUUCGUGUCCGCAACACCGAAAGCACCAACCUGGUGUAUUUCCUGUCGAAUUCAGUCACAACGUUUUCUGUCCAAUAUCCACCGGAGGUCGUGUUCUAUUCGGCAGACCCAAGUGCGCUGUCUGCGCUCUUGACUUGGAACCUGUCCGACCAUAACCCUCUUUUCCCUACCACACAAUACACUAUCCGUUGGUCAACGAAUGGCAUGUCGCUGGAAAGAGAGUUAAAUUUUACUGUGAACCCGGGAGUAUCCCAAUAUAACCUUGAUGGCCUGCAGCACAAUGCCACCAUAAGACUACGCAUGCGUGCUAACAAUCUGUAUGGCCCCGCAGGCAAUUUCAGCAGCAAUCUGACAUUCAUGACUGACGGAGGUAGUGUGCCUAGUCCGCCUGCGGAGCUACGACUCACGGAGAAUGGCACGCACAGCGUGAAGCUGUUCUGGCGUGUUAAUUUGACCGGGGACGAGUAUCCUGCGACGCAUCUGACGUUCUCGCUGAAAUACGGAAGGCCAGGUGGAGCAGAUAUCAGGCGUUUCACUGUUAACAUCACAAGUGCUAGCGGCGAAGAAUCUCUGAGUAACUUGACCCAGCAGACUGUGUACACUAUCGCAGUGUAUGCAACCAAUGUCAUUGGAAGGAGCCGAAUGGCAAGGGAGCAGGUUUUCUACACACAAGGUACACCUGGUACACUCGAGGAACUGAGUCUCACGGAGAACAGCACUACAGAUAACGUCACGCUAUUCUGGCGUCUCAACGCCACCGACUUGUAUCCCGCGACACAGCUGAGCUUCUUUUUGCAGCGAGUAGGCAGUAUGUUUAGCGGACCGAGUGGAACAAUGGGCAAGAUUCUCACCCUUAACAUUACAGAGGAUCGGGGCCAGCAAAUUUUGAAGAGCCUGCAACCGAACAAAAAUUACAUUGUCAAGGUCUACACUGCCAAUGAGUUUGGACAAUGCGAAGUAGCCGCGGAAAAGUCUUUUAAGACAGCUCAAUUACCAGUGUUCCUUAACACUCUACCGGCAGAGAUUGUGCAAGGAGAGGGCACGUCUGUAGAGAUGGAGUGUUUGGCAAAUGAUGGCAUUGUACCUGGGACUUUUAACUUGUUAUUUAUGCCAGCUGGUAGUUCUCGAUUCAUCCUGCUUGAUGCGAGUUCAGGCGGGAGCUUUUCACGAACCACAACUGGUGCUGUCACUGUUCUCAGGCUCGCGCUCAAGUUCAAUCUGACGCGUGCACGAGUGGGAGUGUACACAUGUGCAUUCCUUUAUCACUUUGAUGCACCUUACGCAAAUAACCACGUGACUGUGCGCAUUCCAGAUCCACCCAGUCCACUCACGGAAGUGCGACUCAUUGAGAGCGGCACAGAUAGAGUGGAGCUGUUCUGGCAUGUGAAUCUGACCAGAGAUGAGUAUCCCGCAACACAGGUGUUGUUCUCUUUGCACCUCGGAGGACAAGGUGGAGCAGGUGUCAAGAAUGUCACUGUUAACAUAACAGCAGAAAACAGUACGCAAAUUCUGGAGAACCUGACACCGCAGACGGUAUACAAUGUCAGAGUCUACGCGAUCAGCGAGUUUGGAAGAAGCAAUGUGACUGAACAGUCUUUCGCAACACAAGGUCCACCCAGUGCACUCGCAAAUCUGCAACUUCUAGAGAAUGGCAUGGAUAGGGUGAAGCUGCUGUGGAACGUGACCAGAGAUGCGUACCCCGCAACGCAGCUGAUAUUCUUGUGGACACUCGGAGGUGGAGCAGAUGUCGGGAAUGCCACGAGAAAUAUCACAGAGCAUAGCGGUGAACAAACUCUUGAUAACCUGCAGCCGCAGACAGCAUACAUUGUCAGCGUGUAUGCAGUGAAUGGCUUUGGACGGAGCGAAUUGGCCAAGGAGCAAACGAUACGAACACAAGGCUUACCCAGUUCGCCAACGGAUCUGCAAGUCGCAGAGAGUCUUUCGGUUAGAGUGAAGCUGUCCUGGAGUGUGAACUUGACCCGCGACUUGUAUCCCGCAACACAGCUGCUGUUCUCUUUGCAACUUUUUGGUGGAGCAGACGUCAGGAACAUCACAACAAAUAUUACAGAGAACAGUGGUGAACAAACUCUUGAUAACCUGGUACCGGAGACAGCAUACAAUGUCAGUGUCUACACGGUCAACGCGUUUGGAGAAAGUGAAGUUGCCAGGCGGCUACCUUUCCAAACCCAAGCACUGUUCCUGAACGUGCUACCACCAGGGUUUUUCAAAGAACCUGGCGCACCAGUCUCACUGAACUGUUCUGCGUAUUAUGACUCUGGGCGUUGGUCUCUGUUUUGGCAGUACACGAGAGCAGCUAAUGAGAGUUUUCAAACUAUCGUAUUUGAGGACAGUUUUGAUGGUGUAGAUCUACACAACGAGUUGAAUGACAAUGUUCUACGGGUCACAGUGAGCUUCAACAUGUCGGCUGAACGACAGGGACUGUACAGGUGUGUACUCGCAAAUCCUACAAAUCAGAUCAAUGGAAUCAGCAAAUCCACCGUGCAGGUCCUCUUGCAAGAUUACCAAACAGCACCAGUGAUCAACGCAGUCGGCAGCCAGGACGUCACAGUCGACUCUAUCACGAUUAGCUGGCGCAUGCCGCAGUACAGCAAUGUCACGAUCAACGGGUACCUGUUGGAGGUGAGGCCGCGCAACCAAGCCAACUGGACGGCAUUACCCAUUGAACAACACUCGUUCACCAUUUUCUCUGACAUGGUACCGUUUACCGUAUACCAUUUCCGCGUACGCGCGGACACCUCACUGGGACUCAGUGGUUAUAGCGAAACUUUUGCUGCACGUACAUUGCCACUUGACUCGGAGGCGCCGGAGAACGUGACGAUAUCAGCUGACCCAACUUCAAUCAUCCUGCAUUGGAAGUUAGCGAGCAGGUGGACUGACCAGCAUGGUGUACUGACGCGCAUUCUGGUGUCCUACAAACGGCAGACGAGUGGCGCAACAGGCAUGCUACUACAAGAGAAUGUUUCUGUUGGUGCUGGAGAUACUAUGGGAGAUGUUAGAGUAUCUGGAUUGAAGAAGGGCUCCCAGUACGCAUUCAGCAUCGCCUUUGACAAUGGAUUUACCCUGAGCAGAAGCUUGGAAGUGCUAGGCCGCACAGAUAUCACCCAGCCUGGCAAUGCUACGACGUUCAACGCGACCGCACUCGGCCCCACAACGAUCCGCAUCACAUGGGCUGGCUUGGACGAUGGCGGUGACAGCCUCACUUCGCUCACGCUGAAGUACAGGAUUAUCAGUAACUCCGGCCAGCCCUGGUUAUCUUUCUCAACGGACAGCGCGAUACCGCUUGUUACCAACCACAGUAUGGUCUUGACCGGGUUGCUACCGGCAACUGCCUAUCGCUUUCGACUUAUCGCCUGGAACAGCAGAGGCAAGAACCUAGAACCCUCUAGGUCGAAUAUCGUCACCACAUUCGACCACCCGGCGGUCAGCGGUGUUUUGCUGAAAACAACUGCACUCAGCCAUGAGAAGAUUCAGGUGAUAUGGACGGGUUUCAAUGAGAGCUCUACCGGCCUUACUGACGUAAUGCUGCAAUAUAUUGAGGUGGGCAGCGAAAGCAGCACCUGGAUCCCCGUUGACAGUCCAACACCAGCCAUACCGUUACAGGCUGCGAACCACACAAUGGUUCUUACUGGCUUCAAUACUCUCACCACCUACCGCUUUCGACUUACGGUCGAGGACACUGCAGGCAGAUACUAUCAUUCCCCACCAUCAGAUGGCAUCACCACGCUCGAUUUCCAGUAUCCACCGGAGAUGCAGCUGCGGGUGGCAUCCCCGGGAGCACGGUCGGUGCUCAUCACUUGGAACCUGUCCGACAGCAACCCGCUCGUACCCAUCACGUUCUAUUCGAUCCAAUGGCAGACAAACGGUCUGAUGCAAGUGGAAGAGGUCAAUGUUACAGCAAGCCCGGGAUUGCACCAAUAUAACCUUGACGCCCUUCAGCACAAUUCCUCCAUCAGCAUAAGAGUGCGCGCGAAUAACGAGUAUGGGCCCGCACGCAACUUCACCAGCCAGCAGACAGUCCGGACUGAAAAUGGUGUGCCGAGUCCACUCACGGAACUGCGACUCAUUGAGAAUGGCACAAAUAGAGUGGAGCUGUUCUGGCAUGUGAAUCUGAUCGGAGAAAAGUAUCCCGCAACACAGGUGAUGUUCUCUUUGCAACUUGGAGGACAAGGUGGAGCAGGUGUCAAGAAUGUCACUGUUGAUGUAACAGCAGAAACCAGUUCGCAAAUUCUAGAGAACCUGAAACCACAGACGGCGUAUAAUGUCCACGUUUACGCGAUCAAUGAGUUUGGAAGAAGUGAAAUGGCAAGAGAACAGUCUUUCAUUACAGAAGGUCCACCCAGUGCACUCGCGAAUCUGCAACUUCUAGAGAAUGGCAUGGAUAAGGUGAAGCUGCUGUGGAGCGUGACCAGAGAUGCGUAUCCCGCAACACGGCUCAUAUUCUUGUUGAGCCUCGCAGGUGGAGUAGAUGUCAGGAAUGAAGUGAUACCCAUCACAGGGACCAGUGGCGAGCACGUUCUAAGGAACCUGAUGUCACAGACGGCAUACAUUGUCCGUGUCUACGCGGCUAACAACUUUGGAUUAAGCGCAGAGGCCAAGGAGCAGGUUAUCCGAACACGAGGUACACCCAGUCCCCUCACGGAACUGCGGCUCUCAGAGAACGGUACGGACAGAGUGAAGCUGUUCUGGCAUGUGAACUUGACUAGUGACGAGUAUCCCGCAACACGGCUGAUGUUCUCUUUGAAACUCGAAAGUGGAGCAGAUGUCAGGAAUAUCACAACUAAUAUUACAGAGAACAGUGGUGAACAAACUCUUGAUAACCUGGUACCGCAGACAGCAUACAUUGUCAGUGUCUACACGGUCAACACGUUUGGAGAGAGUGAAGUUGCCAGAGAGCUGUCUUUCCACACCCAUGGUCCACCCAGUCCACUCACUGACCUGCAACUCACGAGAAACGGCACGGAUACCGUGAGCCUAUUCUGGCGUGUGGAUAUGACAGAUGGGUUUCCUGCAACACAGCUGAUGUUUGUAUUGAAACUUGGAGGACAAGAUGGAGCAGAUGUCAGAAAUUUCACUCUUGACAUUACGGGUAGUAGUGGUGAAGAAACUCUGGAUAGCCUGAAACUGCUGACAGCAUACACCGUCAGAGCAUAUGCGGUCAAUUCGUUUGGAAGAAGCAGCGAGGCGAAGCAACAGUCCUUCCACACCCAAGGUCCACCCAGUCCACCCACUGACCUACAACUCACGAGAAAUGGUACGGAUAGCGUGAAGCUCUUCUGGCGUGUGAAUCUGACCUCGGAUAUGUAUCCUGCAACACAGCUGAUGUUUGUAUUGAAACUUGGAGGACAAGGUGGAGCAGAUAUCAGGAGUGUCACUAUUGACAUUACAGGCAGUAGUGGUGAAGAAACUCUGGAUAGCCUGAAAUUGCUGACAGCGUACACCGUCAGAGUAUAUGCCGUCAAUGCGUUUGGGAGAAGCAGCGAGGUGAAGCAACUGUCCUUCCACACACAAGGUCCACCCAGUCCACUCACUGACCUACAACUCACGAGAAAUGGUACGACGAAAGUGACGCUCUUCUGGCAACUGAAUCUGACCAUGGACGUGUAUCCUGCAACACAUCUGCUGUUUGUAUUGAAACUUGGAGGACAAAAUGGAGCAGAGGUCCGGAGUUUCACUACUGGCAUUACAGGUAGUAGCGGGGAAAGCAAUCUUAGUCCCCUGAUGCCGCAGACAGCAUACACCGUCAGAGUAUAUGCGGUCAAUGCGAUUGGAAGAAGCAGCGAGGCGAAGCAACAGUCCUUCCACACACAAGGUCCACCCAGUCCACUCACUGACCUGCAACUCACGGAAAAUGGUACGGAUAGCGUGAAGCUAUUCUGGCGUGUGGAUCUGACCAGGGAUGGGUAUCCUGCAACACAGCUGGUGUAUGCAUUGAGGCUUGGAGGACAAGAUGGAGCAGAUGUCAGGAAUGUCACUAUCGACAUUACAGGUAGUAGCGGUGAAGAAAUUCUGGAUAACCUGACAAUGCAGACAGCAUACACCGUCAGAGUAUAUGCGGUCAAUGCGUUUGGAAGAAGCAGCGAGGCGAAGCAACAGUCCUUCCGCACACAAGCUGCAUUGCCUGUGUUCGCUACCAAUCUGCCGUCGGAGAUUGUCCAAGGAAACGCCAGACUUGUAACGCUGGCCUGUGCGUAUCACACGACGGUGCCGGUCAGCGUGGCGUGGAUGCAUGACGGCUCUGCUCUCAGUGCUUCGCCUACCAACCAUAUCGACUGGCAGAGGAACAACACUUUCGGCGAGCUCACACUGAGGUUUAAUAUGACGGCUGGACGGGAGGGGCUCUACCGGUGCGAACUGCACGCCCCGCAAGCUGGCGGGGUUGUGAGGAUGAAAGAUGUGCGGGUGACGCUUGCAGUACCCGAGUUGAAACCAAUUGUACAGUGUAUAGCCAGUGGCAAUGGAGAUGGGCAAACUUUUUACUUUGGAGCACAGACCGUGGUCGGGGAUAAGUAG